CAGUCACAGAUUUGUCCGACAAGAGAGGGUCCAGUGAUGUUGGACUGUUGCAGUGUCUUCUCCUUUGGACGUCGCCUCAGGAUAUCCACCAUUACCGUCGUUACUGUGAAACUUCGACUGGAAUAUCUCGGGUCUAGGCAGUGUGAGUCCCUGCGACAAUCUACGUCAUACGAUCCGCGCUUAGACACAAAGAUUCUUUGGCUACGACCAAAAGCCACCGCUCUUUGUGACUAUCACUUGCCUGUAAAGAUCCUGCUUGACAACGGUGAAAGAAAGACCAGCACUGACCAGGACAUCACUCAGAUUUCGAUUCACAACGAAGUGAGAUCCUACCGCCACCGAAUUCCAGUCAAGUAUUGAUCAAAUUUUCUCAACCCUGCGAAAUUCCACCUACUUGAUCGCGUACACCUAAGAGUACAACUCAACGCUGGUUUCUGGCAAGAUGGCACCGCGAGGCAGAGGAGGAAAAUUCUCUAAGCCCACCAGAGGAGGUGGCAAGCACUUUUCACGAGACCUACAACCCCUCGACCGAGAGGGCCACCAAAUGGGCAUGUGGCGAGACCCUGCAGAGGCAAAAGACUCGUCUGAAGAGGACGAGGAGGAAGAGUCAUCCGAAGAAGAAUCCUCAGACGACGAAGAAGGACCGUCCUCGUCCGUAGCGCAGGCAGGGUCCACGGAACUGACCCGCGAACAACGCAGAGAGGCCGCCAAACUAAAGAAGCAAGCCGCCAUCGCGAAGAAGAACAAGAAAGUCGCCGCUGUCGGUGACAUGCCCAGCGACUCUGAAGAAGAGGAAGAGAGCGAUGACGAGGACAUGCCUGCGAACCCAAACCACACACAGAAAGCACGGUCCAUGGCUCGAGCAGCCACUGGCGCGAGCGGUGAACAGCCCAAGAAGACUGAUACAGAGAACCUGAGUAGACGGGAGCGUGAGGCCAUUGCGGCGCAGCAGGCCAAGGAGCGGUACCAGAAACUCCAUGCCGAGGGCAAGACGGACGAAGCCAAGGCGGAUCUCGCUCGGCUGAGAUUGAUCCGAGAACAGCGUGAGGCCGCCGCUGCACGUAAACAGGCCGAGAAGGAGGAGCGUGAGGCGCGUGAGAAAGAUAAAGACGAUCGAGAAGCCAAGAAGCGUGAGGCUGCGAUGGGAGGUACCGGUGCUGCAAAGAAGGGCGCGAAAGGCAAGAAGUGAGUUCGUACUUCGACAGAGGAGUUUCGCAAUCUGUACAUACCUUGAGCCAUCGCCACGAGGCCUGCGGCGAAAAGGCCUCUUCCAUGCUUGAGCGACGCGUACGCACAAGUUCUUCGAGACAGGAAUGGCCAGAAGCAUCAACCACCCGGGCAGGGUUUUUAGACACCUUUGAGUCCGGCUUUCAAUCAAUCAUAUCAUCAUUGGCAUAGCUCAUCAGGAGGGUGGAUCUCAGGUCUUCAUGUACACCGUACGCCAUCGCUAGCUCUGCCUUGCUUUCAUCCAUGUCAACAAUCUGCAAUUUUCGACGAACUCAUCCUCGUUUUC